AUGAAAUUGUACGGUUAUUUGAUUUCCAUGUUGUCACUAUGCGGCGUUAUCUUACCAGUGUUGGCCUACAGUGAAACGGUCACAAUGGUCAAGUCGGUUGAGCAAUAUUUCGAUACAUGCAAUAGGAAUGAUUCUUACAUAAUGAUAAAAUACUACACCUCUUGGUGUCAACAUUGUAAAACAUUGGCUCCAGUAUACGAAGAGCUUGGUGAGCUAUAUGCUAAAGAUGCUAACAAAGAAGAUAUCCCAAUUAACUUUCUUGAAGUCAACUGUGAAUUCUUUGGGCCAACCUUAUGCACUGAUUUACCUGGAUUCCCCAUCCUUGAGCUCAUCAAACCUCGCACAAGGCCCUUAAAUGUUCCUGAACUUGAUUACUCUUCUAUGAAGUUCCAUCAAAGACUAUGGCAAAGAAUCAAGACGCGGUUCCAUAAUCCUAAAUACCAAUUGGAUCCGUCUAGAGUCGUUCGUUUUGAGGGUAGCCGGAACAUAAAGAGCCUGAGCAAUUUCAUUGAUACUGUUAGAAGUAAAGAUGCCGAAAACAAGUUCAUUGAGCAUGUAUUUGAUGACUCCAAAAAUUGCGACGAAGAAUUUCUUUCUCAACAGCGUCUGUGUAAAGCUGGUAAAGAAUACCGCUUUACAACUUUAUCUAAAUUAUACGAAGACAUGAGUGGUUUAAAAAAGGAAAGGAAGAAAUUAGAAGCCUCAAUCAAAAGCAAUAUGAAUAACAUAAGUGAAGACGUCAAAGAAAAAAUGGAAGUUGUUCGCUUACAAUUGAAGCUACUUUCACAUAUGGAAGAACAGUUAGGCUCUAUCACUAACCAUGACGAACUUUAG